AAGCAGGAAACGGAGCCUUCGUGUUUGUUGAGGUUUGUUUUGUCUCGUUUUUGUCGUGUCCGCUGAUGUUACGGUGUGUGCUGGCCCUGGGCCGCUGUAACGGAACCUGAGCCGCUGCUGCUUACACAAGCACCGCGUGGUCGUGCGCCGCCACUGCAGGCCGUGAAGUGACGCAGAGCCCGGCUCCCGAUGGACAGUGGCAGAAGAGCACAACGGGGAGGAGGAAGAAGAGGAGCGCGUGGUGGGGAGGACAGAGAUACCCGCCUGUCAAAGGCCCUGUCCUACGUUCUUCGCCAUGGAGCCAACAAGAUGGGCCUUCACCAGAGUGCAGAUGGAUUCCUAUCUGUGGAAGACCUCCUGACCCAUCAACAGUUCCGCUCCUACUCCUUGGAGGACAUGGAAAGAGUUGUGGCCACCAAUGACAAGCAGCGCUUCAAGCUCCGCCCCCACCCACAGGAUGGCCGCCUGCAAAUUCGAGCCAAUCAGGGCCACACGGUGCAGGUAAUGGAUCUGGAGCUGCGGCCGGUGGUGGCUGGCUCUGCCGACUGUCCUGCUGAGGCGGUGCAUGGGUCUUACUUGCGCAACUGGAGCUCCAUCCAGCAGCAGGGCCUCAGCCGCAUGAAGAGGACACACAUCCACCUGGCUCCAGGCCUGCUGGGGGAGGACGGCGUUAUCAGCGGCAUGAGGAGAAACUGUGAUCUGGCCAUAUUUAUUGACAUCCCUAAAGCGCUAGCUGAGGGUAUCCAGUUCUUCUGGUCAGAGAACGGUGUGUUGCUGACCCCGGGGAACAGUGAGGGCAAACUCCUACCGAGACACUUCAUCCAAGCCUUGAGACUGAGGCCCACAAGGAGCGUCCUGCCGCUGGAGCACCGUGAGGGAGCUGGGGACGGUGAGGGAGCUGGAGCACCGUGAGGGAGCUGGAGCACCGUGAGGGAGCUGGGGCACCGUGAGGGAGCUGGAGCACGGUGAGGGAGCUGGAGCACCGUGA